CCUUUUCACGCGGCUCAAUCUUGAGGUUAGUGGUUAGUGUUUUACACGCCUUCAUCAAACAGUCGGACGAACGCUCAUAAUUCCAUACGACGCGCGAAGGAGAGAAAAAACUAAUUCCGGAACGGUGCAAAGUGUGAAAAUGGAAAAAUUCGAGGAAAAUUGUGACAUUCUGGAGUCGGAGCAGCUGGGAAGAUUUAUGGUGGCUAGACGAGAUAUCGCUCGGGGACAGCAGAUAUUACUGGAGCAACCCGUCGUAGUGGGACCAUACUGGGAUUCGGAUAUUUGCUGCCUGAAUUGUUACGGGAGAUCUUGCACUGUUUGUAGAAAAUGCCGUAAAGCGCCGCUCUGCCAAAACUGCCCGGGGCACGAUUUGAUCGAGUGCGAAUUCUAUCGAGACUCUCCAGUCGACAAAAACUUCCUUUUCAACCACUUCCACGUGAUCACUCCGGUGCGAUGUCUGCUCGUUGCGGCGCGGGAUCGUAAAACGUUCGAUGAGGUGAUGAAAAUGGAGGCCCACAUGGAUGCCCGUAGGGGAACGGAAAUAUGGGCCAUGCACGAAAAAUACGUUGUCCGGCCACUUCUGGAAGGUGGAGCGUUUGGGAAAUUUUCCCAUCUGGAUGUGGGAGAAGACGAUCUGCAACGUGUUUGCGGCAUAUUCGAUGUGAAUGCAUUUGAGAUUCGAGGGAGUUGGGACGGUGAAGGAGUUUCACUGAAAAAUAACGUGAUUCGGGGCCUCUACCCGAAGACUGCUCUCAUCACUCAUGGCUGCGUGACCAAUACAAUGAUUUCGGUAGACAACAAUUACAAUUUGCGUUUAUACGCAACGGUUCCAAUCGGGAAAGAUGAUAUGAUGUUGUACAAUUACACUCGAUGUUUGUUCGGGACACCGGACAGACGCGAGCACCUUCUCAAAGGAAAGUAUUUCAUCUGUUCCUGUCGACGGUGCCAAGACCCCACAGAAUUAGGAACGCACCUCAGCUCGAUCCGAUGCACCAAAAACAAACAGUGCGAUGGACUUUCUUCAUACCAUGAAAGCAAUGCCAAAUGGGAAUGCAACAAGUGUGGUGGCGUCUUGGAAUCGGACUAUGCUCAACAGGUGACGGCAGAUGCGAAAAACGAUAUUUUAAAUUGCACCCCAACCAUUGAAAACUUGGAGAAACUAAUAAGCAAGCACUCGGAUAAACUAAAUCCUUCUCAUUCAUUGGUCCUGGAAGCAAAACAAUUGCUGGCUGGAGAGCUACGAAGAGUUUGUCACAGUCCAGCGGAAUUGUGCCGAUCGCUACGCCAAACCCAAGCUUCGAAAUUGAAGAUUUGCGAAGAAAUACUCUUGAUUCUCCGGAUAUUGGAACCAGGAAUUUCACGACUGACCGGAAUUGCGCUGUACGAAUAUAAUACGGCACUUUGGGAGAUAUCCAAGAUGGAUUAUGGAGAGAGCAAAAUUGACGAAAGGGGUUUGUUGAAACAUUUGGAAUCAAUAGAAUCUGGAUUGAAGGAAUCAAUAAGCAUGUUACUUUUGGAGCAUCCAUCUACACCGGAAGGUCAACUCACCCGAAAAGCUAUGCAAGAUUUAAAAAUAAUUCGAACUGAGUUAGUAGAGAUUCGUAAAACUGUGGUUGUAAAUAGUUAAUCUAAAAAAAUCCGAGAUGGUGUUUUGUCCAUAAGUUUGAAAAAAAGAUA